UCGGGCUCCGGACCGGACUCGAAAUUCGAUGAGCCGUCCUCCCUCGGGCUGGCAGAAUGGACGACCUGGAGUGCCUGGUCGGCAUGCCAACUCGACUGCUCAACGGGCCGACGACGAGUGAUGCCAGUUGAGAAGGGCGAGCCAAAUGAGGUGCUGCUUGUGGACUCCGAAAUUCUGGCAGACGGUCGUCAGACGCGACAACGCAGUUGUCAACUGAAAGCGACCGUGGCCCGAGACCUGGAUCCCCUGAACAGCGGCGGCAUCUCCGCCGACGGUUGCCAGGGUGUUGCCGAGGAGAGCCAGGCCUGCGUACCGCCAGGCUCGGCCCCUCCGUGUUCAGCCGUUACGGUCGACUGGCCCCGGCAAGGCCAGAUCUCGGGCGAGGUGCGUGGCCGUCUUAAUGGGGAGUCGCUGGGUGUGAUCCGGGUCAACGGUUCCUGGCGUGAAAAUCCUCUGGCCGGCGGGAGAGCCAAAAGUUCCGUCUCUCCGAACGACCAGUUGGGCACACAAUUCGACAUUCGCCUUCUCGACGUGCUUCCGCAACAGAGCGCCUGUGUACAGGCCCUCACUGGAAUCAUCACUCCGGCGCUCUGGCAUGCCGCUCAUGAGGCAUGUUGA